AUGAUUUUGAUAAUUUUUGCUACGAGUUUUAUAAAAGAACAAGAUGAAUGUAAAUCAUUGGUACCACUUGGCGCAUAUACACUAAUUACUUGUGUCAACGAUCUUGUUAAUUAUCCUUCAGAUGAGAUUUUGUUCAAUGUCUUAGAUUGUUUAAUAAUCACAGCUGGUCGACAUAAAUGGACGAUUGUCUGUCCAUUUCUAUUCGAUCAAAUUACACUUGCGUUAAAGAAAUUUCGAAAUGAUAUUAUUCCAUUAUGGGUUAACGAUUUAUUAUCACGAUCUUCUAUACAUAAUAUUCAAACAAUAUCAGCUCUUUGCCAUCUCAUCGAAGGAAAACCUCAUGAAUUCGAAAAAAUCAAAUGGUUAAAUCAAUUAUCUUGUUCAAUGCUUCAAUCACUAUCAAUACUUGAUAAUGAAAUUAAUGAAUUUUCUAUUGAUCAAUUAUUAGUUAAAAUUGCUUUCUCAAAUCAUCGUUUAUUACCUAUCAGUCCAACAAUUCUCAAAAAAUUUCUUCCUGGUUAA